AUGUAUACAUUGUUAUCCGGGUUUUACAAAUACAUGUUUCAAAAGGACGAAUACUGCAUUCUAAUCCUUGGAUUGGAUAACGCUGGAAAAACGACCUUUUUGGAACAAACCAAAACAAAGUUCAGCAAGAACUAUAAGGGAAUGAAUUUGUCCAAGAUCACAAGUACAGUAGGACUAAACAUUGGAACUAUUGAUAUGGGCAAGGCUCGUCUAAUGUUCUGGGAUCUGGGAGGCCAAGACGAGCUGCAAUCUCUCUGGGACAAAUACUAUGCGGAGUCCCAUGGAGUUAUUUAUGUGAUUGACUCAACUGAUGAAGAACGACUUUCAGAAUCAAAGGAGGCCUUUGAAAAAAUGAUCAGCAGUAAUGUGUUAGAAGGUGUCCCGCUCCUGGUCCUGGCCAACAAACAGGAUGUACAGAACUGUUUGUCCGUGCCGGACAUUAAAACAGCCUUCAGUGACUGCGCACCAAAGAUUGGCAAGCGAGAUUGUUUGGUCCAACCAUGUACUGCCCUCACAGGAGAUGGAGUCAACGAAGGCAUCGAAUGGAUGGUAAAGUGUGUGAUCAGGAACAUUCACCGGCCACCUAGACAGAAGGACAUCACAUAG